CCGAACCCAUCGAGAUUUCCAAAAAUAAUCUUAUCCACAAACGGAAGCGACAGAACUGGUGGCGGGAAAAGUUCAGGUCGAGAAUUGGCCAGUCGGAUCAUUUUCAGUGGGUGAACCAAUCGAGUUGAGAACGAUGGAGUAUAAGAUAGGAGAUGAAGUGGACGAUUCCUUGCUGGACGAAGAAGAGUGCGAAGAGCUAGAAGAGACAGUGAAGGAUGUUUUUGCAAAAGCCUUGCCCAGUCAGUUACAGAACUGGAAAAAAAAUGCUGACGCGCUGAAGAAAAACAUGAACCUUAAGUGCUGGGCAUGUCCCAAGUCCAAGGUGACUUGUCUGGAGGGUAUUCAGGCCCUGAUAAAUCAUGCCAAGACCUUCCAGAAGAAGAAUUUGCAUGUGCAUAGAGGCUACGCAAAGGCUUUGGCAGCCUUCAUGACGGAGCAUUUCUCCGCGGGGGAAGAAAAUCAUGCUGCUGUGCGCGUUGCCGUGGCAGAGGGCUCGGAAGUCGUGUGGCCCCCUGUUGUCGUCCUGUGCAACACCGGCAUGAUCCGGAACGGCGAAUGGGAGACGAAGCGAAAGGAACAGCUGCCCGCGCGACUGAACGACGAGGCUCAGGUAAAACUAGAGUACGUGCCCCUGCACGAUGGGGAGGGUAGAAGCGUCGGCAUGAGCUUACUGGUAUUUGAGGGUAGCGAAUGUGGAGAAGGCUUCAGGCAUGCAAGGGAAUUGUCAGCGCACUUCUAUAGCAAACAGAGGGGCUUGGCAGACUGGGAGAAACUGAAAAUGAGGUAUGAAAGGGAGGGUCUGUUCGGCCCGCCAAGGUCUGGCGUUGGCGACUUGUAUGGCUAUUUGGCCCGGAGGGUGGAUAUGGAGGUACUCGAUCCCCGAAAGAGGUAUGUGAAGGAGUGGACUGUCAGGCCCUUGGAUGAUGUGACAACGGCGAUGAGGAACAUCGAGCGAAAAGCGAAGGAAAAGAGGGUGGAGGAACUGAGCAAGCUGGAGCAAGAGGCGCAGUCGGCAAUCGAUCAAUUGAGAAGACACGAUGAGAAGAAACGGCAGGCAGAGAGAGAGAGGGCACAGGCCCUGAAGGAGUUGGAAGAAAGGAACGAGAAUUAUCGGAGGGAGACGGCAUACCUUCAGGCGCAGAUCGACAAUCUGUGUGCGCAGCAAACCGAGGUCGACAAGUUUUACUCGCAAAAGAUCAUGGGACUCAAUUUGAAAGUUGAGCAAAUGGAGAGAAAGGCGAAGGAGGAGAGGGAAAGAUUCCGGCGGCAAAUGCUUGAAGAAGAGAUAGCGCGCAAGGAGGCAGUGGAAAGACUGGAGAAAGAUUUUGAGAGAAAACAGUUGAAACGAAAACAGCUGAGUCUAGAAGUGCAGAAAGCGCUGGAAAGAAGGAGAGUAAAGCUGAGGCAGGAGCAAGAGGCCAAAUUGCUCCAAGAACAGAAGCGGUAUGAUUAUGAACUUGCAAAGAAGAGGGAGGAGUACGCUCGGAUUGCAGAAGAGGGGCAGAAAGCGAUUAACGAACUGCAAGAAAGGGUAUUGGCAGAGAUGCGUGGCAACGACAAAGAAGGGAUGGAAGUCCUCAGAAGGAUACGCAUGGCGGACUCGGUUGCUGAGGAAGCUGCUACUGAGGAUAAGAAGAAAAAAGAAGCAACAGUAUCAGCAGUUGAGAGCUCGAAAGACGACAGCAGCUGUGUUGUUUGUGAGGAAAAAAAGGAAUACAGAGUUCUCUUGACUGAGUGUGGACACGGCAACUUGUGUUGCAAAUGCUGGAACGACAUAUUGGCCAAAAAUGAGGAGACAAAUGCGAAGCACAAGAAAUCCAUGGAACCUAUAUGUCCCACCUGCCGAACCCCGAUUGUGAAGGAUGUUGUCAGGAUACCAUGGAAAAUUUACCUUUAGUUUUACCUGUCAGAUUUACACACACACACGCACACACACACGCACACACACACACACACACACACACACACACAC